UCGUAAGGUCGAGGUCACUUCGCGGAGCGGAGCGGCCGCUGUCACUUCUGCGUCUGAACCAGGCGUUGAACGUGUGGACCAGAAGCAUGGAUGGGAUCUGGGCUCUGGUGGUGUGUGCAGCAGUCGUGUGUUCGGCUGUUCCCUGUUUGUCCCUCAACUCAUCCAGGCCAUUGUUUAUGAUCUCAUGUCCAGAGGUGGUGCAUGCUGGGACACCCACUUCGCUGGCCAUCACUGUCCUUGCUGACUUCCCUGGGAGGGUGACUGCUGAGGUGGCACAUGGCAACACCAAAGUUGUGCAGACAGAGGACUUCCGAGGAGGUUUAACUAAAGUCCUCAUAAUCCCUCCUAUUCCUGGAACUGCAGCUGCAAAUUUCCCCUUGAACCUAACGGUGAGUUUCUACAGAGAGAACGACCUCGUUUUCACCAACACCACCACCCUCAGCUUCAGCCCCAGGAACGUCUCCACCUUCAUUCAAACGGACAGAUUGCGCUACCAACCAGGCGACAGCGUCAAAGUCAGAGUUGUGUCUGUGCAGUCCGAUAACCGUCCGUACAAAGGCAGAGUGGACCUCGCUCUACAGGAUCCCAGAGGGAACGUCGUCGACAGGUGGAAUUCCACUGGGAACAUGGGGAUUGUGGUGUGGGAACUCAGCCGUGGCCACACGAGCCCAAAUCCUGUUGGACAGUGGGUGAUAACAACCACCAUACAGGGCGUCACUGACGCGAGAGCAUUCACUGUGGAGCAUUACGAGCAUCCCCACUUUGAAGUGCUGCUCAGGACACCUUCGCGGGUCCUCGUUGGAGAGGACAUAUCGGGAUCAGUGAGAGCCCUUUACCCGAGUGGAAAACCUGUUCAGGGAACACUGACUGCGUCGGUCACUCUGGACGACGGGAUUCCCAAAGCUUCAUUUAUGCCGACACAAACUACAUCGAUCUAUGGGUCGACGCGGUUUUUCUUCAGCAAGGAUCUGCUUCAAGGAACCAACAGCAGCGUACAUGUUUCAGUCUGUGUUACCGACAAUUCCACAGGCCUCACAGUGAACAAAACAGUGCAAGUCCAACGCACGAGGACCGCAUUCCAGCUGGCGUUCCACGACUCGCCGCCUACGCUGAAGCCGUCUCUAUUCUUCGCCGCGGAACUGAGGAUCUCCAGGUACGACGGAAAGCCGCUCAGCGCGCAGGAUGUGAAUCACUCUGCUGUGAUUGAAGUCAGUCAGGGAACAUCCACGGUGACCGCCGAACCGACGACUCUGGCGCUUCCGGUGCCUGAGGACGGGAACGUCCACAUUCGGCUCAAGUUACGAGAUCAAAUAGGGAUGCUUUUCAUUCGGGCAAGAUUCCAAUCCAGUGAGGAGACCCUGACUGUCUACAACAACAACGUCUCUCCCAGUGACUCCUAUAUUCAGAUCUCCCCAAUCAAUAACUCUCAAGCACAGAUUGGAAUACCUCUUCAGAUAGACGUGAUGAGCACCUUUCAACCAACUGAGAUGCACUUCGUGGUGAGCUCCAGAGGGCAAGUGUUGGCCGCCGGGACAACGACGCCCUCCUCUUUUUCUUUGACUCCAACCUUGUCCUGGUCCCCUGAGGCCCGCGUCACCGUCUACUGCAUCCUCUCGGACGGAGAGGUCACCAUGGACACGGCGCACAUACCCGUCAACCAACAACACUACGGCUCUCUGAGCUGGAGCUCUGACAAAGCUCAGCCAGGGGGGCCGGUAUCGCUCACCGCGACAGCUCUUGAACCGAAGUCCGUGUUGGGAGUCGUGGUGACGGAGACGCAGGACGACGCUCCGCCUGCUGACCUCAAAGCGGAGCAGGAAUGUAAUAUUAGGAUGAUAACCAAUGCCAAAAUACACCAGAAAAACAAGCCUGAUGGACCUUCAAAUGGCGGAGCUGACUUGAUGGUGGAGCAGUACUGGAGCCACUGGAUGGACGCCGCCGAAUCCUUGCUAUGGUUCGACACUGGCGUGACCAAUCAAACAUGGACGAGUGGGAAAGUAACAGUGCCAGAUGGCGUUACGUCUUUGGGCGCUUUUGCACUGGUGAUGUCAGACAAACGGGGUCUGGGCUUCUCUUCUGUGCCACAAAAGCUGACCGUCUCCAAAGAUUUCUCCUUGUCUCUGGAUGUCCCAUCGUACCUCAUCAGAGGAGAGGAGAUUGUGCUGGAGGUGACCGUCAUCAACCAUUUAGAGCACGACAUCGAGGUAUUUGUGCUGCUAACACAGAGUGAGGCCUUUGAGUUUGUUUUGGUGGACAAAGGGGAUGCCUCUGUGGUGACGGCCCACAAACUCACCAUAGGGAGUCAUUGUGCUGCUCCAGCGCUGUUCCCGAUAAGGCCCGUGGUUCUGGGCGAGAUGGAAGUAUCCGUGGAGGCCAUGUCGGCCGAGGCCUCAGACACACUUGUUUGGAGACUGCUUGUGAAGCCGGAGGGACUUGAACACUCCUUCUCAGAGACUCUGUUCCUGGAGAUGGCACCAACGAAAAACAGCAGUUCAAGAUCCGUCUCCUUCUCCUUUCCACCAGAUGUGGUAGCGGGCAGCCAGAGGGCCCACGUGGCAUUGGUUGGUGACAUCUUGGCCAUGUCCAUCAGAAACUUGGACUCGCUGGUUCAGAAGCCCGUUGGUUGUGGGGAGCAGAACAUGAUCCACUUUGCUCCAUGUAUUUAUGUUAUCCAGUACCUGAACAAAUCAACUGAGGACAAUGAAGAGAUCCGGAGCAGAGCACUGGGCCACAUGAUGGAAGGAUAUCAAAGACAACUGUCCUUCCAACGCGAUGACGGGUCGUUUAGCGCUUUCGGAGCCAGCGAUACCUCCGGUAGCACAUGGUUGACGGCCUUCGUGCUGAGGUGCCUCCUCCAGGCUCAGCCCUACAUGCAGGUUGACCAGAGUGUCCUGUCCAGAGCCGCGUCUUGGCUCUUCAAACUGCAGGGGCCCCAGGGUGAGUUUGAGGAGGUGGGCAGGUUGAUCUCCACGGAGAUGCAGGGAGGACUGGAUAAUAGUUCGGUGGGACUCACUGCCUACGUGCUGAUGGCACUGCUGGAGGACAACGGCUUGGUGGACAUUUACCAAGACAACGUGUCCCUGGCCCAGAGGUACCUGGAGAACAAAGUGUCCAGUGGAGCGAUCGUCAGUAACUACAGCUUGUGCCUGGUGGCCUAUGCUUUAGCUAUGGCCAAAAGUCCUGUGGCCGACGCUGCCCUGGCUGAGCUCAACAGGAGAGCUGACCACAGAGACGGCGUCAUGAUGUGGGGAUCCUCGGCCGGCCUGGGGUCACAUGGCUGGCAGCCGCGCUCGGCACAGAUCGAGAUGGCCUCCUACGUGCUGCUGGCGCUCUACAAGCGCGGCAGCUUUGUGGACGGCUUUGAAAUGUUGAAAUGGUUAAGCAGGCAGAGGAACCAUUUGGGAGGCUACGGGACGACACAGGACACAGUGGUCGCCCUCCAAGCCCUGGCAGUUUACGCUGCCUUCAGCGGCGCCGUCGCCAUCGACCUCACGCUCAACGUAUCUGCCCCAGCGUCUUCGUUUGAGUCACUCUUUAGCAUCAACUCCGCCACCUAUCUGACGUUAAUGAGCCAAGAGAUCAAUUCUGACAAAGAUCUAAACCUAAAUAUAUACAUGGAGGGAAGAGGAUUUGCAAUAUUUCAGAUGAACAUCUUUUACAACUUGGAGACCGAAGCUUUUUCACAGGACGAGGAGGCGUUCUCAUUAACCGUUGGUGUUACUGGGGAAGCAGACCUCAAUCACAUGCUGUUGUCGAUAUGCACGGCGUUAAAGGCGAAUCAGGCCAUACCUCAUACGGGGAUGGUCAUAGUGGACGUGGGCAUGCUCAGUGGUUUCCGUCUCUCUCCCGGAGCUGCUGCCUCAACAGAUCUUAUCCGAAGUGUGGAGAUCCUUCCUGAUAAAGUCAGCCUGUACCUAGAUUCACUCAACAAGUCCGAGGUUUGUAUCCGACUUCCGGUCACCAAAGACUACAAAGUGGCCCACGUGCGGGACGCCGUGGUUCGGGUUUACGACUACUACGAACCCACGAGAAAGGCAACGAGAACGUACAACUCGGACGCGCUGCGCAGCACGACCCCCUGCUUCCUCUGCGGUGAGAACUGCGAGUCCUGUAGGCCGGGCGUCACCGUCAUCGUGUCACCACUGUUUUCUCCCUCUGAGAGCAGCGCCGCCCACAGCGUCCUUUCCCUAUUUCUUGGAGUCGCUGCUUUUUUUGCGGUGGUCUAAUUAGAAGGAAUGAUAGCCAAUAUACAACGGUAUAAUACUAGCACACAAAGUUGUUAUAUUUUAGAAAUCUAUUUGCUUAGAGCACAUGACUUCUACUGAACUUUUAUACACAAUAUAAAAUGUGGGAAACUACUUUGGAAGCUAAAUCAGUCAAAUUCCAUUCAUGUAAUAGUAAUUUUUGGUUCCGAAUAAAAAUACCGUGAAAAUGA